UUCAGCUUUUUACCAUCUUCCCACUCACUCUAGCGAUGCUACUGUUUCUUUCUUCGUGUAUGUGGGUCAGCGCGGCUGCUCUGUUCCUCAGUACGCUUUGAGAAUUCGUAGAGUCAACUUGCGUUUACUACAAAUCUGUGAUCAUGGCGGAGCAAACGACUAUGGGUCAACUUGCCGCGGUACCAUGCGAAGAUGAGGAGGACAAGAGUCCUUUCCAAGCCAUAGUCUACGCGGUGGAGGAGCUUUUCCCUAAGGGUUGGCGAUCAUGGAAGGUUUUUGAUUACUCGUUCAAAGACGUUUUUGGAGAUGAAAUUUCUCAGAAUAUCGACGCUAAAGUGAGGUUCGCCAUACCCAUCACUGUGUUAGCAAGAGCGUUUGAUCUUUCAGCGCAGUCCGUGUCGGAAAGGCGCUUCAGGGCUAUCAAGUCGAGAGUUUUGAGAUGGCCUUUAGGGCGAGCUCUUCUAUACGCCCCCCAUAAUAUCAUGGAGAAGAUCCACGAACCGGACUAUCAAGCCUUCAUGGACACAGUAAAAGAAUUAAAACCUGCGUUAGUAAACAGGCAUAAGGCUUCAUGCCAGCUUCGGGGAGUAGAACCUGAUGGAUCAUUUGAUGACAGUGUUUCAUCUGUGAGUCAGAAGAGGCAUAGUACAAGCUCUUUAGACGAUCGGGCCGCGCCAAAACGGGUAAAAGCGCAAGAGGAUAGUAACCAAUUACUUGCAGCAGUUUUAAAUAAGCAAAUGGAAAUGUUCGAUAGGUUACUGAACGUGUCUACGGAGCAGAACGAAAACAUUAAAAAGUUACUUUCACAGACACAGGACUGCCCGAAGACAGAUAAAGGGCCUGACUUAAACGAGUCUUUUGAAUCGGUUCCAGACAGUACUAAUUCGGACGAAGAAAUGGAAACAGGCUUGUACUCCGCUGAAUCGAUAACUAAACGAAGUAUAACCUCCAACAGUCGGGAAUCCGUUCUUCGCGAUCAGAUUGUGGAAGCUCAGAGACAGCUUGCAGCCCUCCAAAGUGGAGAGGACAUAGAUGAUGAUACAAGGGAGGCCUAUACCUUUGCGCCCUUUACCAUCGAGAAGGAGCCGAAGAUCGCGAGGGCUGACCCAGACCUCCUGAAACAAGGUAUAGAGUGUCAGCGUUUUUGUCAAGAAAGUUGGCGUAACAUCAGGUACGCGGACACCCAAAAAAUGUUCCAGGCCAGCCCAGCGUUUUCCUGUUUGAAGACGAACAACAUUUUGGCAAGCGCAACGCCGAGCUACAAAUCAGUCAACAUCCUGGAAAAGUUUGACCUCACAUUGGGCGCUGUGACGAAUGGGCUUCUACAGCAGAGGAAAUGUUUCCAAGAGUUACUGGACAAGUUGCCAAGGGAGACGAGACAUCAGGUCGGAAAAUACUUUUUAGCUGCUGACUCAAACUUCCGUAAAGUAUCCGAUAACCUCUUGCAAUACGUCUGCGGACGUCGUGCAGAGGUAAUCCAACAACGGCGAGAGUCAUACCGGCCUACCAAUAAGGUGCUGAAGCAAAUCCUGCACGACAUUCCACCUUCUGAGACGCACUUGUUUAUGGACAAGACACUUACGGAAGUGAUAAAGGAACAAGGCGGUAUAUACAAAUUUUUUCCCGCCAGAAAGAAAUUUUCGUCACCUACUAACAAAUCUGGUCAUGAUUGGUCCGGUAAAAGGGAGAACCCAAAGCCGAGCUCCAACCCCAACGCGAAGGGAAAGAGGCCGAACAACAACUACGGCCAGAAGUGGAACACCGCGAGUAAGGGAAAGAGCGGACAGUCCACUGGAAGAACACAAAACCAACAAUUCAAGAAAAAGGGGGAAGAGGACCGAAAGUGACGGUUUCGAAGCGGGUCGCCUUGCAAAAUACGCAAACAGCUGGUUUCAGGCGCCCUCAAGUAUAUUAAAUAUUAUAAAAGGAUACAGGAUUCCGUUUCGUAUAAAACCUCCGACAAAGAGUCUUUCAAGAAGAGAUCUGUUAAAAUUUCAGACAAGGUCUUGCCCAGAAAUGACAUCCGAGAUAAAGAAAAUGCUCAAGUCAUCCGCAAUAGAACCCACGGACGAAAAUCGGGGCUUCUUGUCCACCUUUUUUCUAAGAAAAAAGGCAGACGGGACAAACAGACCCAUAUUCAAUCUAAAGAGGUUAAACCAUUACGUAAACGUGCCAAAGUUCCGUCUGCUGAACCAUCAAAAGAUACCCUCACACUUAGAACCAUGCGACUUCAUGAUGAAAAUAGACAUCUCAAAAGCUUAUUUUCACGUUCCGAUCAUACGGAGCCAUCGACGUUUCCUAUCGUUGGCAUACGAAGGGAAAAUGUACCGAAUGACUUGUCUUCCGUUUGGACUAGCCAGCGCACCAGCGGCAUUUGCAAAGAUCACGAACUGGAUUGCCCACGAACUCAGACAAAAAGGUCUAAGGAUUGUGGUUUACUUAGACGACUUUCUGCUCAUGCACAAAGACUAUCAAACUCUAGAGAACCAAGCAGAGUGUGCCUUAAAAUACUUAGAGAAAAUGGGAUGGCAAGUAAACUUCGGAAAAUCUUCGGCAACACCAACCAAGGAGUUGGAAUAUUUGGGAAUCACUUGGAACACGGACAAGAACCGGAAGGCACUAGGUGCCCCAAAAAUAGAACAAUUAUCGAAAAACUUAAGCGGGCUAAUCAAAACAGGUCACUGGAGUUGGCACGAUGCGAAAGUAAUACUAGGCAAGCUAAACUUUGCGUCGUUUGUAGUGCCUCUGGGACGUUUACACUGCAGAAUCCUGCACAGAGUGUCCAACCGCCUACCCAAGAGCAAACCGCAUAUGAAGUUCCUGAUCCCAGAAGCUGCCCGGCUAGAGUUAGAAUGGUGGUUGGAGAACGUUCACCAGGAAACACCGAUCUUCUAUCCUUCUCCGACAAUGUUCAUAACAACGGAUGCGGCAGACAAGGGUUGGGGAGCAACAGCAAAUGGCCGAAAGUUUUGGGGCUAUUGGUCUCCGAGUCAACGAAAGUGGCACAGCAACCAAAAAGAACUUUGGACGGUAUACGAAGUUCUAAAACGGCUGGAAUCGGAUCUAAAAGGACGAUCAGUGACUUUACAGACGGACAACCGUACGAGCGUGGCCUACAUAAUGAAACAAGGGGGUACGAGAUCCCUAACUCUUCUUCGAACAACGGAGAAAAUUCUAAACCUUUGUCAGAGCUUACAAUGUCACUUAACAGCCCGUUACAUACCAGGUCAGUACAAUGGGAUAGCCGACGGUCUAUCGAGGGCAAAGGGUCUACCGGAGUGGCAUCUCCGCGAAGCAGCAGUAGAAAUGAUCUUCCAGAUUCUAGGUCGGCCCGAGAUAGACUUAUUUGCAUCGGAGAAGUCUGCGGUGGUACCAGCCUAUGUCAGCGAAGACGCUGCAGACACGGGCAGCCAGUUUACCGACGCAUUCAGCAGGACGUGGCAGUACAAGUUGGGUUGGAUUUUUCCACCACCUGCGUUAAUUCCUCAAGUUCUUCGGCACCUGAAGUUAUGCAAAGGUCAGUACCUCCUGGUAACCCCAAUAUGGAACAGGGCGUUUUGGGAACCGGAGCUACGGAAGAGAGCGCUAGGACCCCCGUUCAGAAUCCCAAACCUUCAAUCCUACCUAGUCGAUCUGCAGACCAACCGACCUCCCCCGGGGAUAGACCAACUGAAUUUGGUGGUAUGGAAGGUUCAGGCUGGAUAGAUCACGUGAAUGGUUGGUCAGAACGAGAGGUCCAUUUACUUAAAUCAGCUUGGAGAUCUUCUUCUUUAAAAACCUAUAGAGCUGUUUGGGCUAAAUGGCGCAAUUGGGCUUUACUUAACAAUGUUACAGUCAGUAAUCCGAGUCCUCAAUCACUAGCGAAGUAUUUAUGCUUUCUUUUCAACCAGGAGAAGUACGCGCCUAGGACAGUGGCAUUACAUAAGUCGGUGGUAUCGACGUUUUCAAAUCCUAGUCAAUCUGAAACACUCAGCUCACAUCUGCUGGUAAGACAGGUCCUCAAAGGGAUCUUUUCUGAGAACCCACCCAAACCAAAAUCUUUGUCCUGGAGAAUAGAUGACCUAUUAAAUUUUUUAAAAGACUAUUCAUUUGAUGAAUACAGCAUAUUCGGAGUGUCACGGCAUACAUGCGUUCUUCUGUUGCUGGCAUCAGGGAGGCGAGUGCACGACCUAACGCUUUUAAGUAUUGGGGAGAACUCUUUUGAAGAUAAUGGUGAAGAAAUUAUAUUUUGGCCAAAGUUUGGCUCUAAAACCGACACCCCCUCUCACAGACAGUCGGGAUGGCUGCUCAAGUCCUCCGAAGAUCAGAUACAACGGCUUAACAUAGUCUUCUGGGUGAAGCGACUAAUAUCGGUGACAAAUACCCGUCGCGUUUCAAAAAAUAUAGAAAGCCUCUUUAUUACAACAAGGGGAGCAGUAAAGAGCGCUUCACGAUCCAUAAUUGCAGGCUGGAUUAGAACCCUAUUUAAAGAGGCAGGUAUAAGUGCAUCUGCGGGUAGUUUCAGGGCUGCAGUAUCAUCGGACAUGUGGUCAAGUAACCUUUUCAAUAUCGAAGAGGUUUUAAAGAGAGGCAACUGGCGAAGCAGAAAUACAUUCAUAAAUUAUUACUUUAAGGAAGUGCCAAAACAACCACGCGUUGUGAGCAAUGCGCUAGUUGAUUCAUUUAUAGCUGUAUAACCAUUUAUAUUGAUUAAGUAAUUAUAAAUUAUGAAAAACAGUACUUAAUAUACUUUUGUUUGCACAUGAUUAAAAAUUAGUAUUAUUCAAUCCCUUUUAUCAAAUCACAGUACGCUUUGGUCAGCGCCGGCAGAAA